AUGGAAGUGGCCACGAAUGAAAUGAUCUCUGCUGCUCUCAGCGACUCAGCGAACCGUGCACCACCACGAGCGCACGACUGCAGCUUUUGCUUUAUCAGAAGGAAGUGGCUUUCUGCAAAGCAAGUGUCUCAACUGAGUCCAAGAGCGCGUCCACUUUUGCGUCAUGGACCUUUUGAAGUGUGCAAGCAGAACCGUGUUGCGAUGUGCAAGAGAUGUGGAGCCCAAAUACCAAAGUCGUCUGUGCGAAUCAGCUACCCAUCUACGGUCAAAUCGGGCAACACCCUGGCUGUCACCGUCCAGCUUCAUGUGGAAUGUGCAGUGAAGGAAUUUGAGAUUCUUCAGAAGAUCGCUCAACAGGGCAUCAAUGACAAAGAGUAUGUGGAAGAGCACAUCAUUGGCUUUGAGGCCUUGAAAAAGAGUGAGCAGAAGUGCUUGCUGCAAUCGCUGCAACAACCGGCACACUUGGUUCCAGAAGAGCUUCCAGCCAGUCAAGUCACAGCUGAUGUGGCUUUGACUCCGCAUGCCACGCCGCAACCGCUUCGCGAGCCUCUCAAAUCCUUUCAGCAGGAAGGCCUGUCCUGGCUACUUCAACGCGAAGCUAAAGCAGAAGGCAACGGCCAAGAAAGCGGUGCACAUGUGCUUCGUGGCGGAAUUCUAGCGGACGAGAUGGGCAUGGGCAAGACCCUCCAAAUCAUAGCAUUGCUGGUUGCAAGUCCUGCUGCCGGUGCCACCUUGGUUGUUGUGCCUCCUACCUGCUUAGCCCAAUGGCGUGCUGAAAUUGCCGAAUUUGUUGAGCCAGGUACGCUUGAAACCUUUGAAUAUCGUUGCAAUAAGACCUUGCCAGAGCACUUCAAUGGCAAAGCUGUGGUCUUGACAACUUACAGCACUUUGGAGCGGGAUUUCCGCAGGCAGCUCGACACCUUGGAAGAACCGCCAAGAAAGCGGAGGCGAGGGGAGCCACUGCAAGACCGGGAGGUCAGUUGGUGGGAUGAGCAGGUUCAAAUCGAUCUCUCGAAGUCUCCACUAUUUGGCAGGAGAUGGACACGGAUUGUCUUAGAUGAAGCUCAUCGGAUUAAGAACGCCCGUGGAAGCACAGCUCAAGCUGCAUUCAACCUCCGUGCGCAACGGAGGUGGUGUGUCUCAGGCACUCCAAUGCAAAAUCGCAUCGGUGAGGUUGGGUCCCUCGUCCGCUUCCUGCGUUUCUACCCAUAUGGUUUCAACAAAUGCCAGCGGAGAGGAUGUGAUUGUGAAUGCCUUUUCGUGAAAUGCGCAGACAAUACCUCAUUGUGCCAAGUGUGCGGACAUAGCAAGACACAGCACUGCAGCGUUUUUGCCAAACAAAUCUCCACUCCGAUCCGUCAGUUUGGCUUCACGGGUGAAGGCAAGGCUGCCUUGGAAUCUCUGCGUUUGGAGAUCUUUCACCAAGUCAUGUUGAGGCGAACAAAGUCUACUUUGGAUUUGCCCAAGUUGUCCAUAACCAAAAAGAAGGUUCUGUUGAGCGAGAGAGAACGUCGCACAUACACACGCAUCAAGACUCGGGAUCGGCAGAUCAUCCAGGAGCUUAUUGCUGAGGGAAAGUUGAUGCAGAACUUCGCCCAUAUCUUUUCCAUCAUCAUGCGACAACGUCAGGCAGCCAAUCAUCCGCAGUUGGCCAAGUUUGGACUGAGCUCCGAUUGUCCCCUUUGCACGAAUCCAGUGGACGAAAUGGAUGAAGAAACAGAAGUGCUCCCGUGUGGACUUCACGCGUGUCAUCAAUCCUGCCACAUUGAAUACAUGCGAGAUGCGCCAGACGAUGCGGAAUGGAUUUGCCCGUGUGAACGGGAGCUGCACAUGGCAAAACCGCUUCGAGCUGCAAGUAUUGUUGAGGGCCUUCAAGAUGCAGAGCAACCGAUUCGCACUUCGAGCAAGAUUGAGGCGUUAAUCCAAGAGAUUGAAUUCAAGCUCAAGGACAGUUCUUCAGAACCACAGAAAUUUCUGGUUUUCUCAUCUUUUGCACACUUUCUCCAGCUCUGUGGUUACUUUAUGGACGAAGCAGGGAUUACGAAUGAAAUCAUUUCCGGCAAGACGGAUAUGAAGAGUCGAGCCCGAAUCAUCCAGCAGUUUCGCGAGACGGAUUUGAGCGUUUUGCUCAUUACUUUGCAGGUUGGGGGUGAAGGGUUGAACCUACAAGUGGCAAACCGAGUUUACCUCUUGGACCCGUGGUGGAACCCGGCAAUGGAGCAACAGGCAUACCAACGUGCUCACCGUUUGGGCCAAAAACGAGAUGUGGAGGUGGUCCGCUUCGUCUCAGAUGGAACAAUCGAAGAGAAAAUAUUGCUCUUGCAGGAGAGGAAGCAAUGUACUUUUGACAGCACCGUUGCGGGCUGCAACGAGAGCCUGUUGAAGUUGACCAGCGAUGAUAUCCAGUUGGUGUCUAUGUCUGCAGUUCCUCGCAGACAUCUUUUUCAUGUGGUGCAGGGUCUGAUCUUGAUAUUCUUGGAGCUGCAGAGAGCUGCAUGGAGCUGCAUGGUGGGCCGCUGGGUCUUGUUGUUCUUGGCUCGUUGGCAAGUUUCGGGGCGGCUACCACCGCCAGCCUGGACUGCCAAGGCCAAUCGCAGAGCAAUGGCCAAGAAAGAUAGUGGCAAGUCAGUCCUGGAUUUGGAAAGGUACUUAAACCAGCCAGUGAAAGUGAAAUUCACUGGUGGACGAGAAGUGAAAGGAAUUUUGAAAGGACAUGAUGCUGUCGCAAAUCUAGUGCUGGAUGACGUCCAGGAAUAUUUGCGAGACCUAGAGGACCCGUACAAGGUCUCUGACGAGACUAGAAGCCUGGGAUUGGUCGUUGCACGAGGCACCUCAGUCAUGCUCAUUUGUCCUGUAGAUGGCACGGAGGAGAUCGCCAAUCCUUUUGCAAGUGCCUAGGUGGACCUUUGUGAAGUUUCUCUGAUCCCGUCCUCGGCUGUCAGCCUCGGAUGUAGAAAUCAACAUUACAAGCCCAGGAGCCACGGGAAA